CCGGCUCCAGGGCGUCGCGGGCUGAUGACGCAGGGCGCGGCCGGGCAGCAUGGCGUCCGUGUCGCUGAGCGAGGCGGAGAAGGUGUACAUCGUGCACGGCGUGCAGGAGGACCUCCGCGUGGAUGGCCGGGGCUGCGAGGACUACCGCGGCGUCGAAGUGGAGACGGACGUCGUGUCCAACACCAGCGGCUCCGCCAGGGUCAGGCUGGGCCACACGGACAUCUUGGUGGGAGUGAAGGCAGAAAUGGGGACGCCGAAGCUGGAGAAGCCGAACGAAGGUUACCUGGAGUUCUUUGUUGACUGCUCGGCCAACGCUACCCCUGAAUUUGAAGGUCGAGGAGGCGAUGACCUCGGCACAGAGAUCGCCAACACCCUCUACCGGAUAUUCCACAACAAGAGCAGCGUCGACCUGGAGGCGCUCUGCAUCAGCCCGCGGGAGCACUGCUGGGUGCUGUACGUGGACGUGCUGCUGCUGGAGUGUGGUGGGAACCUGUUCGAUGCCAUCUCCAUCGCCGUGAAGGCCGCUCUCUUCAACACGAGGAUCCCAAGAGUGCGAGUUCUGGAGGACGAAGAGGGGUCAAAGGACAUCGAACUCUCUGACGACCCUUACGACAGCAUCCGGCUGAGCGUGGAGCAUGUCCCCUGCAUCGUCACCCUGUGCAAGAUCGGCUGCCGGCACGUGGUGGACGCCACGCUUCAGGAGGAAGCCUGCUCCUUGGCCAGCUUGCUGGUGGCCGUGACCAGCAAGGGGGUCGUGACGUGCGUGAGGAAAGUGGGGAAGGGCAGCCUGGACCCGGAGAGCAUCUUCGAGAUGAUGGAGACCAGCAAGCGGGUGGGCAAGGUGCUGCACGCCUCCCUGCAGAGCGUCCUGCACAAGGAGGAGAGCCUGGGGCCCAGGAGGCCGAAGAUCGGGUUCCUGGGCUGACGCACAUGUUGACCCCCGUCGCUGGAGUGCCGCUCUGACUUCUCCGCGUGAGCCGGAGUGUGCACGUGUUUUCCUUCACUGUUACGAAUUUAAAGCAAUGUUUGUACGUGUGAAAUUAAACUCUAUUUUCCAGUCUGGUU